ACAUAAACGAAUGUGAUGCCAAUAACCCAUGUGCACAACAGUGUUACAAUAUACUGGGUUCUUUCAUCUGUCAGUGUAAUCCAGGAUUUGAGUUAAGCAGUGACAGAAUCAACUGUGAAGACACUGAUGAAUGCAGAACCUCAAGUUAUAUAUGUCAAUACCAGUGUGUCAACGAACCAGGAAAAUUCUCAUGUGUCUGCCCUGAAGGAUACCAGGUAGUAGGAGGCAGAACAUGUCAAGAUAUAAAUGAGUGUGAGACUACUAAUGAAUGCAGAGAGGAUGAAAUUUGCUGGAAUUACCACGGAGGAUUUCGUUGUUACCCAAGAAAUCCUUGUCAAGAGCCCUAUGUCCUUACAUCUGAGAACCGCUGCGUCUGCCCUGUAUCAAAUGCCAUUUGCCGAGAGCUGCCUUACUCUGUUGUGUACAAAUACAUGAGCAUCCGUUCAGACAGAACAGUGCCCUCCGAUAUCUUCCAGAUUCAGGCAACCACUAUUUACCCUAAUACUAUCAAUACAUUUCGGAUCAAGUCUGGAAACGAAAAUGGAGAAUUUUACCUGAGACAAACAAGUGCCGUAAGUGCAAUGCUUGUACUGGUGAAAUCACUAUCGGGACCAAGAGAACACAUUGUGGAUCUGGAGAUGCUAACAGUCAACAGUUUGAAUUAUCGUACAAGCUCGGUGCUAAGAUUAACAAUAAUAGUGGGACCUUACGCAUUUUAGUGGUUUUCAAUAACCUUUCACUGGCACUUAAAGCAGCCAAAGAAUAUUAUCUUAAAGAAAGCACUUACUAUUUUAUUUAUAGAUUUUGCUCUCUUUUUUAAAAAAAUUUGUUUAGUAAAUUGAUAUCUUUAAUCCACACAUUACACCUGUAAUUCCAAAUUAGUAGAUGUGUUCCAUAAUAUAACAUGGGCAUUGUCACUUUCUGUAUAAAGAUUUAAAUCUUUUUUAUUACCUUUCUUGGACUAGAUACAUACUAUGCUUUUGUAUGAGAACUGUAUGUUCAUACUAUCCUGUAAAACUUCACACACCCUUCCUAGCCAAAUAGGUCAUGCAAUUGAAAAGUGAUCUUCUGUGUUGUUUUUAUUUUAAAUUCUAAUGCAGCUACACUGACAAUCUCAAAAAAAAAUUAUAUAGUAUGAAUGAUACACAAAGUAACGGUUAUCUGAUAAGCUAAAAUAUAUUUCUUCUUUUUAACUACUUUGUAACAAAAAGAUAACAGUCAAUAAAAAUCUAUUUCUGUAGACAUUUAUGCGCUAUCACAGUUGGUUUUUCUAAUCUGGGUUGGAGGUAAAGUUACAUUGUGAGAAAUGUUUCGCAUUGGGUUUUUAUAUGCAGAUUGUGUUAACCAUACCAUGGAAUAACAUUCUGCUCUCUCCAAGAAAAACAGACCAUAGGAAGAAAAUUUCUCCGACAAGGAAAGAAACUCUAAAUGGAAAAAUCACCACGCAGGGCACAUGUGUCUGCUUUCUCCCAAGAACACUGUUGGUAGUUACUGGUUAGAGGGAUACAGCAUUUUCAGACAGAAGUUAACACGCUAUUUUUCCAGAAAUACCAUGUUGUAUACUAAGAAUUGAGUGCAUUAGCUUAAGUUAUAUCAUUUUCAGGCACUCAGGCCUAUUCCUGCUCUUACAACUCAGAUGUAUCAUGUACAGUGUUCAUAAAAUUUAUUUCUAAUUCAAGAACUAAUAACACCUUUUGUAAUAUGUAAAAUCUUAUUUCUUGUUUAAAAUGUAGUAGUUAAUCCUUUGAUGUACAAAAUUUUUAAUAAAGAUGUCUUACCAUAUUGUA